AUGAUUUAUGAAGAAUAUCAUGUAAAACAGAUAAAUGAACUUUCACCACUUUUAAAUUACUUUCUUCAAAAAGAAUAUGGAAUUGUUUUAUGUGAUUUAGAUAAAAGCUAUUGGAAAAAGUAUGAGAAUUAUUCUCUAGAUCUUCAUGAAGAAAACACGAUUUACAGGGCAAUUAUGGACAAAGAUUUAAAAACAUUCAUUGGGAUUACUGAAACAGGAGAUUUCAAGAAAAAUCAAAAAUUCGGCAGCGAUUUCUAUCCAUCAGAAAAAACAGGUUAUUCGUUGCUUGAAUUAUGCUGUUAUCAUGGAGCUUCCAACUGUUUUAAGUAUUUAAUAUCAGAAUUUUAUUCAGAAAUUACUCCAACAUGUCUCGAACUUUCAUUUUUAAGAGGAAAUUCAGAAAUAUUUAGUGAAUGUUUGAAGUAUCAUGAACCUGGAUGUCUCUGCAUGAAAUAUGCAAUUAUUUUCCAUAAUAUUGACUUUGUUACAUAUUUGAAAAAUGAAUGCAACUUACAAAUAAUUUUUCAGUAUUGUAUAGAAUUCAACAAUCUUCAAGGCUUUCUUGUUUAUUUGGAUCAAACAAAUAAUUUCGAAUAUUGCUUACCUACCGCCUCAUCAUUUAAUUUACCAUUAAUUGUUGAAUUUCUUAUUUAUCAAGGUGCAAAUAUGAUUGAUUUAAAUUUCCUGAAGAAAAUUCUACUGUUUUCAUUAGAAGGUAAUUACGAUGAAGUAUCUAAGAAAUUGAUUUUAUGUGGGGUAGAUAUCAACUUGAAUGGCAUUUCCAAAUUCUCUGCUCUACAUAUUGCAGUAUUAAAUAAUAAUAUCGAACUUGUCAAGUUUAUAGCAGCCCAAUGUGCAGAUAUCAAUCAUAGAGAUAGUUUUGGUCAAACAGCUCUUUAUAUAGCAGCAAAGAAAAAUUACCCCGCCAUUGCUAAAAUUCUUUUGUUAAAUGGUGGAGAUGUAAAUGGAGUUGGGAUAAAUGGAGAGAAUGUUCUUCAUAUUGCAGUCAGAAACAAUAAUAUUGAUCUUGUCAAAUUAAUAGUUACCAAUGGAGUAAAUGUCAAUCAUGCAGAUUACUCUGGAGAAACUGCAUUUGAUAUAGCAAUAAAGAAUGAUUUCAAAAGUCUUAUCAAGGUUCUAUUGUUAAAUGAAGUUGAUGUCAAUCGUACUGGAAAAAACGGAGAAACAGCUCUCGAUUUUGCAAUAAAAAAGAACAAUAAAGAUCUUGCAGAAAUACUAUUGUCAAAUGGAGCAGAUAUCAAUCAUGUUGGUAAAAAUGGGGAAACUGUACUACACAUUGCAGUUCUAAAUAAUUAUAUUGAACUUGCAAAGCUGAUUAUUAUGAAUGGUGCUGAUAUUAAUCAUGCAGAUUAUUUUGGCGAAACAGUUCUUCAUAUUGCAGUUUUAAAUAAUAGCAUUGAUCUAGUCAAUUUAAUUGUAAGCAAUGGCGCAGAUAUCAAUCGUGCAGAUAAUUCUGGCGAAACUGCCCUUGAACUUGCAACAAAGAGAAAUUACAAAAAAAUUGUUGAUAUUUUAUUGUCAAAAGGCCAUAAUAUUGACAAUAUGAAUAGCAAGUAUGAAAAAUUAUUUCGAUAUUGUGAUCAAAAUAGAAAUGAAACUCCUGAUAAUGAAAAUUAUUCUGAUAUGAAUGAACAAUGUUCAAAUGAUGUUGAUCUAACUAAUCCCAAUGCUGAAAUGGGUACAUAUGAAAGAACUUUAACAGAUCAUGUGGUUGACAAUGAAACAAAUGAAAAAGAUUUAAUUCUUAGUACAAUUAAAAAGGAUUUAAUAAAUUAUGCAAUUUCAAUUGAUAAAAUUCAUACAAAACAUGCAAUUGAAAUUCAAAAAGAUUCAACUAAUCAUACAACUAAAAUUGAUUCAAAAGAAUCAGAUCUGAAUCAUCAUGAAUCAAUUAUCAACAUGAAUAGUCAAAAUUUAAUUAGAACUGUAAUUGAAAAAGAAACCAACGAAAAUGAUUUAAUUGAUCAUGAAAAUACUGAUAAUAAUUAUGUUAAUAUCUACAAAAUUGCAUUUACUCUUGUUUUUCUAUAUAUUUUAUGGAAACAAAUAUUAAACAUGUUCUAG